GGUGUAAGAGCUUGUGCACUCUAUCAUAACAGGCCAAACCAGAGCCUCGGAGACUUCAUUCCAGACUUCAUUCUGCUUCCUCGUUGCAGACUGUACCAUAACUGCUCAAUAAUCGCUUCCAUUCCGAUUGACUUCUUUUAAACACGCCAGACAAUCGACAACUUGCACUCUGACCUUGCAACUUUUGGUUUGUAAUUAUCAACCCACGCGGCCUCUCCAUCGCGUAAAGGACGCGCCUUGAUACUUUAAAUCUGAUAGAGAGCCACUCGAACUGAGGCGCGGUCCGAAAACUAUCGGUGGGCGCAUUCGCCGCGCAGCAUGUUGUUUUGAAGCCGCGGGCGCCAGGAGCCCUGGCAAAAGGAGCUGUAUAUUUCACAGCUCUUAACAUCAGCAAUGAGCUCUGGUGGAGAGCCGGCGUUCAGCCGGUCAGUGUCAGUGAGCAGCCACGCCCAGCGGGCCCUCGCAGCUCAGCGGCCGUCCACGGCCCUGGGGCUCUACAGCCCCAGCAGCAGCUUCGGGCGGCGCUCGGGGAGCCACCGGGAUGAGAUGCCACCGGGAGAAACGUCAGAGGGCACCCGCCCGUGGUCGGGCAUAGCCCUCAGCUACUUCAAGGACCGCAUGCGGCCGGCGCGGUUUGUGAUGCUGGAGCCGGAUGACACGCCCAAGACCGCGCGACUGGACGCGGUGUUCGCCCUGCCGCAGCUGCUGUGGCCGGUGCUGCCGCCCGGCGCCUUCUACGUGCUGGAGGGCGGACACGACCCCCGCGCUAGCUACACCUACCUGCAGCACAGCACCUUCCCAGACAUCAGGGUGCGGCUGGGCACCUACUACGGCAAGUGGAGCAGCGCCCAGGUGGACUGUGUGGUGUGCUGGCAGCCGCCGCCCAGCGACAGCGCCUGGCAGGCGGGCGGCGCGCCGCCGCCCACCAUGCCAUGGGAGACACGGCAGGUGGUGGCGUUCACCACGCGGGGUGAGUACCAGUACAGCCGCACUCGCAUGCGCUUCCGCGCCGCCAAGAGCGCCCUGCGCCCCCAUGAGGAGCCCACCGAGUGGUGUGACGCGCACGGUGUGGACCACCCGGACACCAAGGCUGCCAACGAGUGCGCGGCUCGCAACAGCGACAAGGACCGCGACGCGCACCUCAUCGACCCGCCCAAGCCCAACACCUGGGGCGAGCAUGCGCGGCGGCUGCUGGUCAGCGGGCUGCGGCACGCCGGCGGCGGCGCCUACUGCCACCACGUGCUGUACGACCACAGUGGCGUGCGCACCGGCUGCGCCCGCCGCGUGCCCGCUGGCUACUUCUUCAGCCUGCUGCCAGCCACCACCUCCACGCCCCUGCCCACGGCGGGCGGCGGCGGCGGCAUCCGCGGGCCCAUGCCCGCAGCCGAGGCGGCGGCGGCGCGCGCCGCCGCCGCCGCCGCUGCGCGGCCCGGGUCCGCGAGCCCCGGCUCCGGGCCAGGCGGCAUCCAGCGGCCGCACACCAGUAUGGGCUUCCGACCGGCCUCGGCAGCAGGCAUGUACGGCUCACCCACCGCGGCCGGGGCCGGCGGCGUGCGCUCCUCCUCCGUGCUCGCAAACAAAAUUGGGAGCGGCGUGAAUCGCAGCGGCACUCCUGCAGUACGGCCGGGAAGCGCGGUGCCGGGCGGGGCGGCAGCCCGCCGCGCGCCGUCGCCGGGCCCCGGCGUGCCGGGCCGGCCCUCCUCCCCGGGGCCUGGGGCCAUACGGCGCGCGCCCUCGCCCGGCCCGCCUGGCUGGCAUAGCUCCUCCCCCUCCCCCACCAAGGGCGGCGGCAGCGGCAAUGGCAACGGCCAGGACGCCGCGGCGGCCGGCGCGCACCACGGCGCCAUGCGCGGCAGCGGCAGCCUGCUGGCGCCCAUGUCGCGUUGGCGCUCCUACGGCGUGCCCUUCAGCCACCCCAUCCACCGCACCCGCGCCGCGGCGCUGUACGCGGCGGUUGCGCAGGGCCCGGCCGGCCCCGCUGACAACGAAGCGGCGGCGGUGCUGCAGGUGGGCGAGCAGGAGCUGCGGCUGCCGGCGCCCUUCAUGCCGGGGCCGCUGGUGCUGCGGCGGUGGGACGACAUCCCGCGGCUGUAUGCGGAGCACAUGGAGGCGGCCCGGGCGCUGCUGCCAGUCAGCGAGGAGGAGGCCUCCAUGACCUCCAAGCUGCACGUGCUGCUGUACCACCUCACGGCCGCCGCCAGCCUGGAGUGGGACCGGCUGGACGCCAAGCUGCUGCUGCUGCCGCACAUGGCGCGGCUGGGCAGGAAGAGCGCCGAGAUAGACGCCUGGCUGCAGGUGAUUGUGGAGCAGGCCUCCUACCUGUACGAGAAGCUGCAGAUCAACAACCCCGAGCGAUGGAGGCAGCAGCCCGGGGACCAGGAGCAGACGGCAGCGGCAGGCGGCGCCGCCGCCGCGGUUCGCAAGACAGCCACAGCCUCUGUGGGCCCGGGCCCCAGCAGUGACUGGAGGUCUCCCGGCGGCACUGGCUCCGGCAGCGGUGCCCUGCACACCUCCACCUCCAUCUCCCCCUCACCCAUCGUGUCCUCCCCCAUCCCCUCCACGCCCUUCCCCGACCCGCUGGCUCCCUCGCCGUACGCCGCCACCGCCGCCGGCAACCCCAGUCCAGACCCCACCGCGCCGCCGCCAGGCGCCGCUGCCGCCGCUUCCCCCGCCGCCGCCGCCGCCGCCGCCCCCAACUCGCGGCCGCAGACACGCUCCGUGACGCCCUCGCCGCUGCAGCAGGCGGCGGCCUGGCCGGCGCUGGUGGCAGUGGACGAGUGGGCGGGGGUGUUGCGGAUCAUGGACGCGUGCCGGCACGCCACGCUGUACGAGCGCUGGAUCCGGCUGCGGCCCUUCAUGAGCGGUGCGGCACUGCCGCAGGCCUACGCCCGACUGGCAGGCAUGGGGCAGUCGGGCGGGGCGGCGGCGGGAGAGGGGGAGGCGGAGGGUGGUGCGGGGCCGCAGGCUCCCGGCACGCCUGCCGCGCCCAGCCCCUUCUCACACGGCCCCGUCAAUGGCGAGCUGCUGGAGUACCUGCACGAGGACAUUGAGGAGAUGGCGGCGGAGGACUUUGAGCCACUGCCGCCGCCACUGGACGAGUUCCCGCCGCCGCGGGGUUACCACCCCGCGGAGGGCGAGGAGGGGCUGCCGCCUGCCGCCGCGGGACAGGCCGACAAGGGCGGAGCCAACAGCCGGCGGGCGCGGGCGGCGCGGCGGCGGCGGGGGCUGUUCGAGAGCCCACUGCCCGCCGAGGUGGCGGCGACGGACGUGUACCACUACAGCACCAAGAUGUGCCAGGUGACGCCGCGCCUGGCCCGGCCCGACCUGCCGCCGCCCGAGGACGGCGGCCGCGUGGGCGUCAGCCAGGCCGCAGUGGAGAGGGCCGCGCAGGCACGCAACUACAAGCACAGCCGCGAGGCGGAGGUGCGGCGGGCCAUGCGGCGGGCGCGCGGCCUGCCGGUCAGCGAGGACGGCCAGGGCGGCGGCGACGACGCCGAAACCAUGAGCGUGGGCUCGGCAAUGACCGGCCUGACCGGCAUGACCGGCGCCACUGGCCUCACGCGCGCCACCGGCCUCACACGCGCCGACAGCGCCGCCAGCCGCCGCUCCGGCCGCUCCGUGCACGGCGGCAACCGGCGCCGCGCCGCCGCCUCACUCAACGCCGUGGGCGACCUGGCGGGAGGCAUCGCCAGCGGCACCGCCUGCCAGGUCACGCCGCGGCUGUGGGCUGAGCCGGAGCCGGAGGACCCGGCGGCGGUGGCGGCCCGGCAGCGGGCGGCGGCGGAGGCCGAGGCCACCCGGCGCAUGGUCAUCGGCGGCAAGGACCCCAAGCUGGCCAAAGCCAAGGCGGACGCGGAGGCCCGCCAGGACGCGGAGGCGGCCGCCCGCAGCCUGCAGCCCGUCACACCGCGCGCCGCGCCCGUGCCCAGGCCCACCGACCGGCCCGCCGCCACGGGUGCGGUGUGGCGGCAGCUGACGGACGGGCGGGACAUCGGGCAGUACGGGCCGCAGGAGCAGGCGGAGGAGGCGGAGGAGACGGGCGAGGACUGGGCCGAGCUGCAGGAUGCCAUUGCGGAGGCAGCGGCCGCCACAGGCAAUGAGGCGGACGACUACGCCAGUGCAGUGGCCAAACGCUGCGCCAUCGCCGCCGCCCGUGUAGCGCGAGACGCGGGCCGCUUCAUGCCGCGCAGUGAGAUCCUUCAGCUGUUCCUCACCUUCACAAACCUGCGCUCGCGGCCCGAAAUGGCGGAGGCCCUGGCGAGGGCUGUGUGUGCGCCCGUGUCCGUUGCCGCCCUGGCCGCACGGUCCAUGGCGGCUGAGGCCAUGGCGCGGACGGCGGGGGCGGCGCCGCGCGAGGCGGCGGCGGCGGCCAGCCUGGACCCCGCAGCAGAGGCGACGCGGCAGCGGCAACGAGCCACCGCGUGGCUGCUCGGGGUGACGUGGCGGCGCAUGCCCACGGAGACCUACAGCACCUUUGUGUGCCGCAUCCUGGGCUGGGCGCCCGAGCUGACCGCCGCACUCAACCGCACACACACCGUGAUGCUGGUGGCCAAGGCGCUGGUGCGGGGGCACGACCCCACCGCCGUGCCCAAGCCGCCGCUGCGCAUUUGAGCAAGGCGCGGCAUGGGAGGGCCUGGAGCGUGGGCGUUGACGUGCAUUAGGAGCAUUUUCGGGAAAGCAAAGGCGCUACCGGUGACUAUGGAGGAGAAGGAAGGCCUGCUGAAAGGACGUAGCAGGUGCAGGGAUGAGGUUGUGGGCAGGCUGGCAUGCACACACAAGUUGUGGAGUUGGGUGGGUUGGAGUGCACUGACCACGUGUGAUACCGUAAAAUGUUGCCAAGGCUAGGGGCUCCUGCAAAGGGCCUGGGAGGUACGCAUAAACGCAGUGAUUGCAGCACUGAUGAUAGGGUGUCUGCCGUGUUGGUGCGGCAGUGUGAGACUGUGCCCGCGCGCGCUGCAGCAGCGCCGUCAACGUUAGGACAUGGAGCUUUUUUAGCUUGCGGGGCGGGUGUGAGAGUGCAGGGGUGAAAGGGACAGAGCCACUGCUCUGCAUGGUGAAGGAGGAAAUACUGCACGAUGUCCUUGCGUGGUGCUUUGGCAUGAGCAUGAGUAAGUACAUGGUUCGAGUCCUGAGUUGUGGCCCCACUAAAACUCCUUGAGGGGCGUGUGGUGCUUUGGGUAUACUGCUGAGCACACGAGUUAGUGCCCCGGGUGCCCAUGCGGGCUUGGGCAGGGCUAAGGGCCUUAGCGGCACGCGUUGUAAAGAUUAUAAAAA